AUGUCUCAAAACAGACCUGUUUCCAUUCCAACAAGUUCCCACAAUUCUAGUGCUCAAUAUCCUUCUGUGGCACAAAAUGGACCUUCUGUUUCUAUUCCCACUAAUCCAUCAGAGUCGAUCUCUAGCUCUCAUGAUCAUUCAACGCCUCAAAAUGGACCGAAAGAUAAAGAAGUAAUGCAUUUCAGCCACCCCCACAAAUUGUCUAGAGUCAACUUACAAGAAGAUGAAGAAAAUGAGGUUAUUUGUUCAGGAUGUGAAGACACACUGGUUGGCAACGGCUAUAAAUGUGUUGAACCAGAUUGCGACUUUCAUCUUCACGAAUCAUGCUUUCAUUUAAAAAGAGAGAUCAUUCACAAGUCACAUCCGGAACACCCUCUAACCCUCCUCCCGUUAGCGCCUUACGACAAUAAAGAUGGUGAAUUUACUUGCAAUGCAUGUUGUAGUGAUGGUACAGGUUUUACCUAUCACUGUUCUAUUUGUACAUAUGAUCUGCACAUCACAUGUGUAAGCUUAGCUGAAAGAGUAAAGCGGGCCGAUCACAAGCAUGAGCUUAAGUUAUUUUAUUCGUGUCCGGUGAAAGAUGAAGACUUCUACUGUGAUGUUUGUCAUGGGGAAGUCCAGAAGGACCGUUGGAUGUACUACUGUGAACCAUGUCAAUAUGGCACACAUUUGGGUUGUUGGGAUUGUGAAGAGUGUGAAAGAGAUAGCCUUCUUGACACACAAGCCCAUCUUCUUGACACACAAGCCCAACUCCAAAGGCUUCAGUUGCAAAUGCAAAUAUCUCGACAGAGUGCCCAGUUUAUAGCUAGUUGUGCUGCGAGCCUGGCUAGUUUGGUUUAG